AUGGCUCCAAUACCGAUAGAAGCAUGGGAGGAUACUUUGGACGCGACGCAACAGAGCCCCGUCUGCGUGCAGAGGAAUCCAUACACGCGCCAGAAGGAGAUCGUCGGACAAGAAGACUGUUUAUACCUUAAUAUCUACACGCCCGUUAAAAUUAACGAAAUAUACACAGAUCGUCGCCUGCCAGUGAUGGUGUUCAUUCACGGAGGAGGCUGGAUGUGUGGUGAUUCCACCACGUACAUGUACGGACCGCAGUUUCUCCUCGACAGAGAUGUUAUCCUGGUCGCGAUAAACUACAGGCUUGGCCCUCUUGGUUUCUUGUCGACCCAAGACGAGCAUUGUCCAGGCAACAACGGUUUGAAGGAUCAACAGGAAGCGCUCCGAUUCAUCCAGAAGAACAUCCACAGCUUCGGUGGUGACAACAGCUCCGUCACCAUAUUCGGAGAAAGUGCCGGUGGUGCUAGUGCACACUACCACAUGCUGUCAAAGACCAGUGAGGGAUUAUUCCACAAGGCAAUAUCAGAAUCGGGAACCGCUUUAGUCCCGUGGGCCGAAGCUUCACCUGGAGAGCCGCUCCGCAACGCCUUCCGUCUCGCCAAAUUUCUAAACUGCCCUCAAGCGCCAUCUACAGCCAUGCUGGAUUGUCUCCGCACUAAAGAUAGCUACGAGAUUAUUAAUACGGAGUUUAAGUUCUAUGCGUGGGACUACGAGCCGAUGACGCCGUUCAAAGCGGUAGUGGAACCCGAUUUGCCUGGGGCUUUCCUAACGUCCAGUCCGCGAAAGAUGCCUACCUCCGCCGCUGUACCCUGGAUGACCGGCCUCAACCAGAACGAAGGCUGCUUGAAAUCUGUCUGGAUCACAGCCAACUCGAGCAGGUACCAGGAGUUCAUGUCGGGAUUUGAAUCGAUAGCCCCAGUCACGUUUUAUUACGAGAACUCGCCGUACAUCGACCUCAUCACCAGGCGCAUCAAGGACGUCUACUUCAACGGCGGCGACACCGAAGAAAUCAAGACCGCGAUUCUUGAUAUAUAUUCAGACUCGUACUUCGCGUACCCGGCAUUGGAAGCGAUCGAAUUGACUUUCAACUACACGAAGAAUCCCGUGUACCUGUACGAACUGACGUACAGGGCCACCAACAGCUUUUCACAAAUCUUCGGUGAUGAGGUCGGUGAUUAUGGCGUCUGCCACGCAGAUGAACUGAUGCAUCUCUUCCCGAUACACUUCCUGUCAAAGCCGUUCUCACAGAAGGACAGGGAGAUUAGCGAGCUGAUCAUCACUCUUUGGACGAACUUUGCCACCACUGGUGACCCCAACAAACCGAUAAAGCUGCCAUUCAAAUGGGAACCGGCUACCAGCGGACAGCAGAUGGAGUACCUGGAGAUAGGCGUUGAGCAACAGAUGAGGAACGACCUGGCUUCGCGUUCACGUUUCUGGGGCUCGCUGCCAUUAUGGCACAACAUACGCACGACGAAGUUCAUCGACGAACUGUAG